CCACGAUCCAUUUGGACACGUAAAUGGAUACUUAAAAGAAAUCGUGCAUUGAGAGGAACAAUCAACUUAGCACAUACAGAAUUAAGAAUUGAAGAUAAAGAAUAUUUUCAAAGGUUCUUCAGGAUGCGGAUUGACUUAUUUGAUCAACUUGUAGAAAAAGUAGCACCUUAUAUACAACGUCAAAAUACAAAUAUGAGAGAGUGUAUAUCACCUAAGGAACGAGUAUCACUCACGUUAAGGUUUUUAGCUACUGGUGAAAGUUACCGAAGUUUAGAAUAUUCGACAAGGAUUCCAGCGUGUACAAUUUCUCGCAUAAUUCCCGAGACAUGUGUGUUAUAUAUGAGGUCCUUCGAAACGAUUAUUUACAGACACCAACUACAAUCGUAGAAUGGGAACAUGUUGCAAAUGAUUAUCUACGAUUAUGGAAUGUUCCAAAUUGUAUUGGUUCCAUGGAUGGUCGACAUAUAGAAUUUAGAGCACCUUUUAAAGAUGGAUCAUUAUAUCACAAUUACAAAGGCACUAACAGCAUUGUUCUCUUGGCAUUAGUCAAUGCGCACUAUCAAUUCACAUAUGUUCAUGUCGGAGUUAACGGUAGAGUAAGUGAUGGAGGCGUUUUUCGCGAUAGUGACUUUGCAAAACUUUUAAAUAAUCCACAAAAUCCACUGAAUGUGCCACAAAAUAAACCAUUACCUGGCAUGAACGAACCUGUUCCGUAUGUCAUAUUAGCUGAUGCUGCAUUUCCGUUACAAAAUCAUAUAUUAAAACCAUAUCCAUCACGAAAUUUAUCUUAUAAUGAGCGUAUAUUUAAUUACAGGCUAAGUAGAGGAAGAAGAAUCGCUGAAAAUGUUUUCGGUAUAUUUGCAAAUAAAUUUCGAGUUCUUUUAACACAAAUACAUCUACCCGUUGAAACUGUCCAAAAUAUUACACUUGCAUGUUGUGCAUUACAUAACUAUCUUAAUAAAGAAAAUGCUGCUUAUUUACACACAGAUAUAGACACCGAAAAUUUAGAAGAACAUAUCAUAAGACCUGCAGCAUGGAGAAAUAAUAAUGCGCAGUUGCGCAACUUGGAAAUUGUCAAUAUAAGACCAAGUAUAAAUGCAAUUCAUAUUCGUGAUGUAUUUAAAGAAUAUUUCAAUACCGUUGGCAGGGUUGAAUGGCAGGAAUUUAUGAUAUAACUUUUAAAUAUAAAAUUAUAUAUUUAUUUUAUAUUUCUUUUUGUAAUACAGAACAU